AUUUCAGUUUCCUUGGCAUUCCAAAGAAAAAGAACACUGCCUUUUGUUUUCUUUGGCAGUUUGAGCAACAAAAAUGCUGAGGAAGCUGCUAUUUCAACAAGCUUCCACAGCUCGGCGUUUACUGUCUGCUCAGUCGAUAGCUCCUUUACUCAACAAAUGCUCUGUUUGCUCGUACUCUUCAUCUUCACGGUCCGAAAUCCCUCAGACUAAUUCCAUCGAACAGAUUGAAGACCAACCCACGAAGACCAUUUCCAUUGACCGUUCUGGCCUCUACAAUCCUCCAGAGCAUUCCCAUGAACCUUCCUCAGACUCUGAACUUGUCAAGCAUCUCAAAGGCAUUAUUAAGUUUCGGGGUGGGCCGAUAUCGGUGGCAGAAUACAUGGAAGAAGUCCUAACAAAUCCCAAGGCUGGGUUCUACAUUAACCGGGAUGUCUUUGGAGCUGAAGGUGAUUUCAUAACAUCUCCAGAAGUAAGCCAGAUGUUUGGCGAGAUGGUUGGUGUUUGGGCUAUGUGUUUAUGGGAGCAAAUGGGACAACCAAAGAGAGUGAACCUGGUUGAGCUUGGCCCUGGCCGAGGAACUCUGAUGGCUGAUCUUCUUCGUGGUGCAUCAAAGUUUAAACAUUUCACAGAGUCAUUGCAUAUACAUUUGGUAGAAUGUAGCCCAGCAUUGCAAAAGCUUCAGCACCAAAGUUUGCAAUGUAUGGAUGAUGAUAAUACCAGCGAAGGUGUUGAGAAAAGGAUUACAAGUACACUGGCUGGAACACCUGUAUCGUGGCAUGUGGCCCUGGAACAGGUUCCAUCAGGAUUGCCCACAAUAAUUAUUGCCCAUGAAUUCUAUGAUGCACUGCCAAUCCAUCAAUUUCAGAGGGCUUCUCAUGGCUGGUGUGAGAAAAUGAUAGAUGUCACGGAAGAUUCAUUGUUUCGCUUUGUUCUAUCUCCGCAGCCUACACCUGCAGCUCUGUACCUACUGAAGCGCUGCAAGUGGGCUGUGCCUGAAGAAAUAAAGAAACUUAAUCAAAUUGAAGUUUGCCCCAAAGCAAUGGACUUAACUCACACACUUGCGAAGAGAAUAAGUGCUGAUGGAGGCGGGGCUCUUAUUAUUGAUUAUGGCCUGAAUGGAGUAGUGUCAGAUAGUCUGCAGGCCAUUCGAAAGCAUAAAUUUGUUGACAUGCUAGACAACCCUGGGACUGCUGAUCUCAGUGCUUAUGUUGAUUUUGCUUGCAUCAGGCACUCUGCUGAGGAAGCUUCAGAUGAUGUGUCUGUUCAUGGCCCUAUUACUCAGUCUGAGUUCCUCGGUUCCCUUGGAAUAAAUUUCCGAGUUGAAGCCCUGCUACAGAACUGCACAGAUGAACAAGCUGAAUCUCUAAGGACAGGAUACUGGCGUUUGGUGGGUGAAGGUGAAGGCCCCUUUUGGGAGGGACCAGAUGAACAGGUGCCUAUUGGGAUGGGAACCCGUUACCUGGCAAUGGCCAUUGUUAACAAGAAGCAAGGCAUCCCAGUUCCAUUUUAAUGAAGUUUUAAACAGUGUUGUCUUUAUAAAAUCUUUUUUAAGCAUAUAUGUACAUUAUCUUUUACUGCUACAAUUUAAUAAAGCUAAAGUUUUUUUUUGUCUGAAAUUUCA